AUGUUGGUUGGUAUCUGUGGAGGCAUAUGUGCCGGGAAGAAGGCCGUUGCCAACUUCCUGGUAAAGAAUCACGGCUUUCAGCAAAUUAGUAUUGCUCCAGGAAACCAUCAGACCAUCGUUGAGGAGCAGUUCGAGCAGCUUUCCCUCACCAGCUCUCCCAACCCAUCAGCCCAGUCUUUCGAGACAGUUGAUGAACUAAUCAACUUUGUGACCCCAAGAUGGAGAGAACUUUGGGUAACCACGGACAUACCGGAUGAUGCUGCGCUAGAACGUCUUCUCUUGCGGCCGUUUUUCUUGCUGAUUAGCGUUGAUGCUCCAAUUACUCUGCGCUGGCGCCGUUUCACCGAUAGGUGCUGGAGAAAACAGCUAGAGCCCCCAGACCUCGAGAAGUUCGUGUUAAUUAGCGACCAUAGCCAGUACGAUCCUAAAAUUGGUGUUUCCUAUCUAUUAGAUCGCGCCCAUGUUCGUCUGUUUAAUACAUCUUCUUCGUUAAACGAGCUGCAUGCUGCAUUGAACUCGCUUGAUUUGCUUAAUAUCCAACGUCUACGGCCCGCCUGGGACCAAUACUUCAUGCAGCUGGCAUCGCUAGCGGCACAGCGAAGUAACUGCAUGAAACGGCGGGUGGGAUGUGUUAUUGUCAAAGACAACCGAGUUAUGUCCACCGGAUACAAUGGAACUCCCCGAAAAAUGAAAAACUGCAAUGAGGGCGGAUGUCCUCGUUGCAACUUAGGGCAGGCCGGGGGGACGGUUCUAUCAACCUGCCUCUGCAUGCAUGCUGAAGAAAACGCUUUACUUGAGGCUGGACGACAGAGAAUUGGAGAAGGAUCUAUUCUCUACUGUAACACCAGCUGUCCGUGUUUGACCUGCAGUGUCAAGAUAGCCCAGCUUGGCAUAUCAGAAGUCGUCUACUCCCAGGGAUAUCACAUGGAUAGCGAUUCAGCAGCAGUGUUGAAGGAAGCAGGGGUUAAGCUCCGCCAAUUCUCGCCUCCUUGCAACCGUCUGAUCGAUCUUAAAGGGCUGGAUAUAAAGAUCUCCAAGCCUGAACAUUAA